CAUGUGAUGUUUGCUCACGUUUCUUCAAUACUGCUAUUAAUCUUAUAAAAAAAUAAACAAAACAGAUAUAAAACAAAAACAAGUGGGAUUCUGCGACAGUGCCAUUUCCUCCGUCGACGCAACAACAAGCUAUGAGAGUCUUGCAAAAGGUUUCGGUUCUUGACCCGUCAGAACUGCUGAGGCCGGAAAUUGAGUUUGCGGCUAAAGAGAAGUCCAAAUUUCGAGACUACACAGUUGCGCCUGACAAUGUCCACAUGGAACGCGUAUUCCAAACCUACUCCCUGAUGCACAACCAUCAAACGGUUGAUUUUGUUAAGUCAAAAAUCGAAAAGUGGACCAAAUUCAACACAUUCAAAGGAGAGAUCUUGGAAACUCUUGACACACUGGACAAUUUGAUUGACGAGAGUGACCCUGACGUUGAUAUUCCAAACAGCGUGCACGCUUACCAGACUGCAGAGCAGCUCAGAAGGGACUACCCUGACCUCGACUGGCUGCACCUCACUGGUCUGAUUCAUGAUCUUGGCAAAGUGAUGGCUUUUUACGAAGAGCCGCAAUGGGCUGUCGUUGGUGAUACCUUCCCUGUCGGUUGCGAUUGGGGUGAAAGUAUUGUGUAUAGACACGAAACCUUUAAGGACAACCCUGAUGGAAACAAUCCAAAGUUGAACACAAAAAUUGGAAUGUACUCCGAGAACUGCGGUUUGGACAAAAUAAUGAUGUCGUGGGGUCAUGACGAAUACAUGUACCGUGUUCUCCAACACAAUAAGUCCAAACUACCAGAGGAAGCACUCUACAUGAUUAGAUAUCACUCAUUCUACCCCUGGCACGUUGGAGGCGACUACACGCACCUCUGUAACAAAAAGGACAUGGAGAUGCUGAAAUGGGUUCAACUUUUCAAUAAAUACGAUCUGUACACCAAGAGUGCAAAAGUUCCCGAUGUCAAAUCGAUCAAGCCCUAUUAUCAGAGUCUGGUUGAUAAGUACAUGCCCGGAGUUUUGGAGUGGUAAAUAAUACGGUAAACCAACAAAAAAUAUCAAAAUGGAUCAUGUAACUGGAGAUAAAAUGCGUUGGACUAUAAUCAGUUUUUGUAACCUUUAAUAUUGAUAACAUAAAAUAGGACAGAAUUUUGUUAAUCACAGCUAUUUAAUUUUAUCAGUUUGAUUGCGCACUUUCGCAAUUUUCAACAAUGUCUUUGUCUAACAAAAUAUAUUGUGUAAAUACACACUAGAAAAAAAUAUGGCAUUUCAUUAUAAUACAUGUUGUGAUUAAAU